UUUCAAUUUAAUGAAAUAAAAAUAUCUCACUUGUAGUAUUAUAAAUUAAAAGUUAUACUUCAUUAUAAAAAAAUGGCAUACACAACCUCAGCUAAAGCCCUAUUCAUCUCUACAGCUGUAAUAAUGAUCAUAUUUUGCUGUUUUAUGCCAUCGGUGAACGCCAUCCGUUGUCACCAGUGUAACUCCCAUCUGCAGGAGGAUUGCACGGAAUUGCGUCUGAUAACACCGCGUGCGCCACGUGACGAGCAAUUCCUAACCGAAUGCGAGUCGCCCGAUAUGUUUUGCCGCAAGACGAUUACGAAAAUCGAAGUGAGCGGCGAGAAUCGCAUCAUACGCAGCUGUGGACGCUUGGACAACGACAAGAGCGCGAAGACGAAUUACUGCUUCGAUGCUGACAAUGAGGGGUAUAAGCAGAGGAUCUGCACCUGCUAUGAGGAUGGCUGCAAUGCGGCAACGCCACGUCUCGGCAAUGCCAAUCACGUGACCAUGCUGAGUGCGACCGGUUUGUGCGUGUUGGUGGCGCGAUUCCUGCGGAUUAAUGCUUAGAUAGGAGAAAUUUCUGUACAAAUCCAUUCUGAUGUGUGUGUAUGUAUUUUGCAUCGUUGCGUGAAGUAUACUAGAUUACUGUAAAUUGUUGGAACUUUGCGUUGGAGAGUGGAGUGCUUGAAGCAUGAAAUGCAUAUUAAUGAAGUUGACGCUGGAGUUGAAGAGCGCUACACUUUCUUUGUCAUUUGGAUAAUGUUGAUUUAUAUUAUUUGAUUGCUUUCAUAUCAUUUUUGUUUAAAAAUACUUCCACACGACUUUUGGACUCGAUUUAUGAAAUUUUGAUUUAAUAAAAAAUAUAUACGCAUACAUUUCUAGGUUAAGUUUUAAUGUACACAUAUUUUGAGGAAAUAUUUUUAAAAGAACUAUUAAGAAUAAAAU